GAUGCAGACGCCGGGAAGAGCGAUGAGGAUGGAGGCCGGUGAGGCAGCGCCGCCGGCGGGGGCGGGCGGCUGGGGCAAGUGGGUGCGGCUCAACGUGGGGGGCACGGUGUUCCUGACCACCAGGCAGACGCUGUGCCGCGAGCAGAAGUCCUUCCUCAGCCGCCUAUGCCAGGGGGAAGAGCUGCAGUCCGACCGGGAUGAGACGGGGGCCUACCUCAUCGACCGUGACCCCACCUACUUUGGGCCCAUCCUCAACUUCCUCCGGCAUGGCAAGCUGGUGCUAGACAAGGACAUGGCCGAGGAGGGGGUCCUGGAGGAAGCGGAAUUCUACAACAUUGGCCCGCUGAUCCGCAUCAUCAAAGACCGGAUGGAGGAAAAGGAUUACACUGUCACACAGGUCCCACCCAAGCACGUGUACCGCGUGCUGCAAUGCCAGGAGGAGGAGCUGACGCAGAUGGUCUCCACCAUGUCUGAUGGCUGGCGCUUCGAGCAGCUGGUGAACAUCGGCUCCUCCUACAACUAUGGCAGUGAGGACCAGGCAGAGUUCCUAUGUGUGGUGUCCAAGGAGCUCUACAGCUCCCCACACGGGCUGAGCUCCGAGUCCAGCCGCAAAACCAAGAGCGCGGAGGAGCAGCUGGAGCAGCAGCAGGAGCAGGAGGUGCAGGUGGAGGCAGAUACGCAGGAGAAAGCCCAGUCAUCUCAGGAUCCCGCUAACCUUUUCUCCCUCCCACCACCGCCUCCUCCUCCUCCGCUCCCCGCCGGAGGUCCUGCCUCAUCUUCAUCCACCUCUUCUUCCUCCUGGAUCUCACCUACACCCUGCCUCUUCCCUCUCUGCCCCUGUCCGGGUUUUCUCUCUGCCUGCUCACACCUCCAUCCCGGGGCUGCCCUGGUCCCAGCCUCCUGCGCCCUCCACCCAGGCGCCCCGGCCCCGCAUCCCAGAGCACCCUGCCUGCCGCCCCCUGCACCCCUUCUGGCACCUCCUGCCUCCCGGGCCGUGGGGGAGGGGCGCAGCUGCACCUCCUCGGCGCCCCCUGCCGGCCACGUCUGAGGCACUGCUCCAGCGCUUCACCUCCUCACGUUUCCUCCUUGCAGGUUUCUGUCUGCACCCCCUCAGACCUGAGGUGGUGCUCGCAGGGAGGGCCUUUCCUGCGCCCCUCGCCUGACCCCCAGAGCUGCCAUGCCUGGUUCGUAGCCUGGCGGAGCUGGAGGGAGGGGCAGAAGCCAGAAGGGUGCUCAUCUCUUACUUCUUGCACUUGAGCCGGACUUCCGGCUGAUUUUCUCCCCUCACCCAAGCUUCUCAGCCUAUCUUGGCCUUGGGUGUGAGGCUCUGAGAGCAGACAAGAGGGGAGGAGAUUCUCUCCCACCUGCCCAUCAGGCCCAGAGCCACGGUGGGAAGGAAGGAAGGGAGACAGAAGCCAGGUGCCCAGACCUCAUCCCUGAUGCCCAGGACUCCUAAUCACAGCCUCGGGGCACUGGGUCCCCAGUUUCUGCGGGGCUGGGAAGGACAGGCCACACUUGGAUGCCCGUGGCCUAGGAGGAGUCAGCGGGAGCUGGCUAAGGAUUGGGCUGUGGCAGAAGAAGCCCUGGCCAGGAGCCCGCAAGCCCCCACUCCAUCUUAUCUACCUGCUGUGUGACCUUGGGCAAGUCACUGUUCCUCUCUGGGCCACAGUUGCCUCUAAAAUGGGGAUGGACAGCUGUUCUCCAUGACCUUUUGCCUGAGACACUGGUGACCAGCCUCUCUUGGCCUUCACUCCCCUGGCCAGAGUCUUGGCAGAGUAUGGACUCCUAGGAGGCCACCACCCAGCCCAAGAUGGGGCAUAGGGUCCCCUUCCUGUAGCCCCUCCUCCUCAGCUCUGAAUCCACUUUUUCUGGGCCUCAGCCCUCCUCCUUCCUCCCAGAAAGGACCUAGUGACUCACCUAACUCUUUCUCUCUCCCUGUCUCCCCCACCCACCCACCCCCUCCAUUUCGAUCUCCCCUCUGCCCUUCUCCUGGCCCCGCACUCCCCUCUCCUCACUGGCCCCACCCCCUCCUCCCCCUCCCGGUGUUCUGACCACCCCCACCCG